UUGAUGUUAUUUUUUAUUACCUCCGUAAGAAAGGCAAAUAUGAAGAUAACAGCACAUACAAAUUUACCACCGUCAGCUGUAUACUACAUACCAUAAUCACCGAGAUUUACCAUGCUUGGAAAAAUCCGGAAUCAUCCACAAGUGUUGCUAGUAAGGAAUCUGAUGUAUGUGAGUACAUAAACGGGUAUAGGUUGAUGGGUAAUGUACCAUGGCAUACAGUUGACAACGUAUUAAUCCCUGUCAAUGUGAAAGAGGAAAAUCACUGGAUUUUAGUGGUAAUAUCAUUCAUUGACAGAUGUCUGUAUGUGUACGACUCAUAUCGAGCUGCAGGGCAUGAUGCCGUCGUUAGGAGAGAAGUGAACAUGCUGGCUGCCCUUGUGCCACAUCAUCUACAAAUGUCCGAUUUUUAUGAAAAGAAGAAGGAUAUAGAUUUUCAGAAUCACCCCGCUUACAAAAACAGAGCACUAAAUGAUGAUUUUGAUGUCGUUAAUGUGGACAAUCUACCACAACAACCCCCUGGAAGCAUGUACGGCUUUUUUUUUAAUUAAUCUUUGAAAUACAGA